CUUUUAUUUUUGAGUUUAAUAGGCAGUAUCACAUGAUUUUACAGUGUACUUUUAUGUAUUUUCCUAGUGUGAUAUAAAUGACAAAAAAUUGAAAAAAAAAAGGAUAUAGGUGUGUCGGAAGGGGAAUAUUUUCUGAUAAUUUCAUGUUCGGCUUAAAUACGGUCGGUAGAAAUAUUUUCGGUUAAAAUACGGUUCGGAUGUUUAAUAGCCCCCCCUAUUUUAUAUAUCUAUGGUAAUAUGUCUUUGGUUGAUAUCAUUCUUUUCUCUAUGAUAUCAUAUAACUUAUCACUUUUUCAGAUUUCAGAUUACGACUUACUAAAAUAAGGUUAAUAUCUCUGUUUAGUUGUUUUUUAAAUAAAUUUUUAAAAAUAUGAUAAAAUUUUUAAAAUCCCAAAUAUUUACUUAAAACAAUAAUAAUUAUGAAUACUACUUGUUCACUGAGACGUCUUCGUAAUUUACAUGUUAAUAUAAUUAAACGACAUCAUGCACUACGAUAUAAAUCCAAUAGUUGUAUUAACACAAACGAAUUUGUAUUAUAUGAUCAAUUAAUAAGUAAACGCCGGUCCCAGUCUAAAUGCAGUGUUUUAGUACAGGUAUCUUCAGAAAAUUCAUGUUCUGAUUUAUUUUCUUAUUGUUCUAAAUUUGGUUCAAUAAAGAACAUGUUUCAUUAUCAAUUAACUGAUUCAAAUCAUUUUGUACUCACCGAAUUUGAAGAACAAUCAGCUGUUAAUAAUUUAUUUGAUCAAAGUACACAUCUUGAAGACUCAAAUGUAAUUGCUGUUAGAUCACCAUUUCUUUGGUUUCGUUCUAAUUCAAGUAAGAAGAAUUCAAAAUUAAUUACUGAAAAUAAUUUUAACUUUCCUUUUCAAGCCAAUCAAAUAAUGAUAGAACCAAGUGUACAAAAUAUCGGACUGGAAAAACUUGAUUCGUUGUCAAAACAAAUGUUGUUACUAUUAGAACACACCCAAUUAAAUGAUUUAGGUACAAGAUUGAGGUUUCUUACAGCAAUGCAAGUCGAAAAUGCUCUGAAGGGUAUUUUUCCAUUGUCAAAAAUAUUGCCCUUCGGAUCAACAGUUAAUAGUUUUGGUAAGAUUGGAUCAGACCUUGAUUUAGUUUUUAUGAACAAUAAAGUUACAAAAAAUCUAACUAAUAGGUUAGUAUAUCAUAGUAAAUGCAUGUCAAGUGGUCGUUCACAAAUACAACGACACAUUGAAAUACUUGGCGAUUUAUUACAAUUGUUCUUGCCUGGUUGUUCAAGAAUAAAACGUAUUUCUCAAGCAAGAGUGCCAAUUGUUAAAUAUUUUCAAGAUUUUGUUGGGUUAGAAUGUGAUCUGGCAAUAUCCAAUGAAACAGCCGUUAAUAUGUCUGAACUUUUGUAUAUUUUUGGUAAUUUUGAUCAAAGAGUUAGGCCUUUGGUUUUUACUGUAAAAAUGUGGGCCAGAGAGAUAAAUUUAACAAACGAUACACCUGGCAAGUGGAUAACAAAUUUUUCUUUGACUCUAUUAGUGUUAUUUUACUUACAACAAGAAAAAAUCAUUCCUGCUAUUGAUAUAUUGGUAAAAGAAGCCAAUAAUAAUGACUUACGAAUCACAAAUGAAGGAAUCAACUGCACAUUUUUAAGAGAUGUCUCAAAACUUUCUAGAACUGUUCAAAAUGAAAAAACAUUGGAUCAACUUUUACUGGGUUUUUUUGAUUAUUAUGCAUUAUUUGACUUCCAAAUGAAUGCAAUAUCAUUAAAUGUUGGAAAAACUAUUAAAAAGCCAGAAUACAGUGCAUUGUAUAUAGUCAAUCCAUUAGAAACAAAUUUUAAUGUUAGUAAAAAUUUGAGUUUAGAAGAAAUGGAGAGAUUAAGAAUAGAAUUAAGAAAUGCUGCAUGGUUGAUAGAAUCAUCUUUAAAGAAUAAGGAUUCUUUCAAUUUAUUAGAACUUUUUAAAGGAGAAGCUUUAAAAAGAAAUCAAAAGGUUUUUAAAAUACAACAUAAAAUAACAAAUUCAAAUAGAUUAGUUACAGUUAAAGAUUUAUUUGAAGAUGAUUCUGAAAUAGAAGAAAACAAAAAACUUAAAAAGCAAUUAGAAACUACUGAAAGAGAAAUUUGAUGUAAAUUUGAGAAUAAAUUAAAAUAUAUAUUUUAUAAUUACUAUAUUUUUAUAAGAUUUGUUUUUAAUAUGAAUUGUUCAUAAAAAAUGUACAAUUUAAGUAUUUGUGAACUAUAAACAAUGUGUGUAUACUAUGUAGGUAUCCCAUUUACAGUAUUGUAAUUAAUUAAAGUAUAAAACAAAAAAAAAAACUAAAGUGUAUGUCAUGGUUAACUGUUAUUGCCCAAUAAUUAAUCUUUUUAAUGAAUACUUCCUAUGUGUGAUGUUUCUUUCACCUGUUGCCAAGGUUGCCCUAAUCAAAAACAAAAUUCAAUUUUUGUACCUAAAAGACCAAAAACUAUGUGAGCUUCCUUUAGCAGUUAAGGAAGUAACUAGUUUCCAAGAAACCUUUUUCAUUUCUAAUAUAAAAAUUAAAAUCAUGGAAUUGUAUUUACUUUUUUAAAAUUGAAAUGUUAAUAUAUCAUAGCUUUAGCUCUUUAAAUACCUAUCCUACAAAAUUAUCUCCUUCAUGGGGGAAAUUGAGACAAAUGCAUUAAUAUUUUUUUUUUAAAAAAAGUGAAAAAAUGUUAACUUAUAAAAGAUUACUUAAUGACAAUAAAAAAAAUGAAAAACAGGAAAAUGAACGAAAUAUAUAAAUAUAAUAUCAUGAUUUUUUUUUACUGUGGACAACU